AGGGCCCCGUCUAUAUAUUGGAGUUAUCUGUGUUGACAUUUCCACAGAGAAGAAGAACUUUCCACAUCUGCACUCGCCCUCGCUGCCUGAUCGUAAAGAUGAAGACUUUGGCUAUCCUGAUUUUCUGCUCCCUGGCUGUCAUCGGUCUGACAUCAGACUCCGCAGACUCCAACGGGGACGACGACAACAAUGGCCGACGUGAAAACUACCGACAGUACGACAGCUACGCCCGCCGUGACGACUACGUCCACAGAGACGACAACGGUCGCAGAGACGACUACGUCCUCCGCCGCGACAACGGUCACUACGACAACGGCUAUAACAACGGUUAUUACGAUGCUUUGAACAACCAUCGUCACGGCGUCUUUGUGGACCGCAGGCAGGCCGCCGCCGUGGUGCCGCCCAGGGCCGCCCCCCGCGAGCUGUCCGUGGCCCAGCUGGAGAGCCUGCGAGAGGUGUGCGAGUCGGACACAGGCUGCGGGCGCAUGAUGGGCACAUCUGGAGUGGUCGCCGCCUACAACGCCUACUACGGCCCCGUUCCUUACUAGCUCCCCUUUUUUAUACAUCGCCUUCUUAUUUGUACCCGAGCCCCUUUUUUCCUAUGCAAAGAAACAAAAAAAAUGCCCCCUUCCAAACGCAUGCAAAAACCAGCGGUGUACUAAACUUCAGAGCAGAGUGAGAAGAACAACUUAGUCGUGCAUUCCCUGCAGACCUCACAGUUUUCUGUGCGGCUCUGUCGCCUCUCUAAGCCUGUAGACUAGUGUCAGCUACCAGUAAAACAUGAUGAAAUCA